UGAUGUGUUCCCAACAAAUUUGUAGAGGAGAUCUAAAGUUCUAAACUUUCAUUCCUUGAUUUUGCCCUAUCCAAGCAAAACGUAUAAAGAAAGUUAGGUCUAAGUUCUAACCUAGAAUGACUAACAUGCAAAAACAGAGAAAGGGAAGCAUUUGAAGAAAAGAUCCGCAAAGCGUGAAAGCUCUGAUCUUGAGAAUAUUCCGUCUCAGAAAGUCAUAUGAUGGAUAAGAGCGAGGGAAAUUGUUCUGUACAGCUUAUUGAUGGAGAUGGUACAUACAAUGUCUCUGGCAUAGAUCACUUCAUCAAAGAGGUGAAGCUAGGAGAGUGUGGCCUCUCCUAUGCUGUUGUCUCCAUUAUGGGUCCUCAAAGCAGCGGGAAGAGUACCUUGUUGAAUAAUUUGUUUGGAACAAACUUUAUGGAGAUGGAUGCAUUUAAGGGAAGGUCUCAGACCACAAAAGGUAUCUGGCUUGCAAGAUGUGCCGGUAUAGAGCCUUGCACCCUUGUAAUGGACUUGGAGGGCACUGAUGGAAGAGAGCGAGGAGAGGAUGAUACUGCAUUCGAGAAACAAAGUGCUCUUUUUGCUCUUGCCAUCUCAGAUAUCGUCUUGAUCAAUAUGUGGUGUCACGAUAUUGGCCGUGAACAAGCUGCUAAUAAACCUCUCUUGAAAACUGUCUUUCAGGUUAUGAUGCGGUUGUUUAGUCCACGUAAAACAACAAUGUUGUUUGUAAUACGAGAUAAAACCAGGACGCCAUUGGAAAACUUAGAGCCUGUCUUAAGGGAAGAUAUUCAGAAGAUAUGGGACUCUGUUCCAAAGCCUGAGGCACACAAAGAAACUCCUAUGAGUGACUUCUUCAACGUUGAAGUUGUUGCUCUUUCCAGUUAUGAGGAGAAGGAAGAACAGUUUAAAGAGCAGGUUGCUAGUUUGAGACAACGGUUCAUGCAUUCUAUUGCACCGGGUGGUCUUGCUGGAGACAGAAGAGGAGUGAUUCCAGCCUCAGGUUUUGCAUUUAGUGCUGAUCAAAUCUGGAGAGUCAUCAAAGAGAAUAAGGAUCUUGACCUUCCUGCUCACAAGGUCAUGGUAGCUACUGUCCGGUGCGAAGAAAUCUCAAAUGAGAAGUUUGCCCAUUUCAUUACAAACGAGGACUGGCGCAAACUUGAUGAGGAGGUGCAAGCUGGUCCAGUGUCUGGUUUUGGAAAGAGGCUUACUUCUAUUCUUGGUUCUUGCUUAUCAGAAUAUGAUGGGGAGGCUACAUUCUUUGAUGAAGGUGUCAGAUCAUCAAAGAGACAUCAGCUUGAAGAAAAGCUUCUCCAACUUGUGAAUCCAGCGUUUCAAGAUGUGUUGGGACACAUAAGAUGGGGGAUGCUUGAGAAGUUUAAGGCUUCUUUUGAUAAAGCUUUAGAAAUUGGUGAAGGGUUCUCUUCAGCUUCCACUACUUGGCUCAAGGCUUGCAUGGACCAGUUCGAUGAAGAGUGCGCAGGUGCCAUCAUUGAACAAGCUAAUUGGGACACAGCCAAAGUAAGGGAAAAGUUAGUCCGUGAUAUUGAGGCUCAUGUUUCCUCUGUGAGGACUUCCAAGUUAUCUGAACUUACCAGUCAAUACGAGACAAAGCUUCACCAAGCAUUGUCAGAACCGGUGGAAGCUUUGUUGGAAGGAGCGAGUGAUCAGACGUGGACAACAGUGAAGAAGCUUCAUGGACGUGAAACUGAAACUGCUGUUUCUGGAUUCAGUAGUGCAUUAGCUGCUUUUGAUAUUGAAGAAGAAACAAGAGAAAAAAUGGUGAAGAGUCUUCAGGAGUAUUCAAGAGGUGUCAUAGAAUCUAAGGCAAAGGAAGAAGCUGGAAGGGUUUUGAUGCGUAUGAAAGAUAGGUUUGCUACAAUCUUCAGCAAUGAUGCUGAUUCAAUGCCACGAGUUUGGACUGGAAAUGAAGAUCUUCGAGCAAUUACUAAAGCAGCUAGAUCAGCUUCCUUGAAGUUGCUCUCAGUAAUGGCUGUAAUGCGAUUGGGUGAUGAAACCGAUAACAUUGAGAAGACACUAACUGUUGCUCUUUUGGAUUCAACACCGUCUAAAAAGAGCAUUACAGCAUCUGAUCCAUUGGCUUCAAGCACUUGGGAUGAGAUUCCAUCAUCAAGAACUUUGAUCACACCAGUCCAUUGUAAAUCUAUAUGGAGACAGUUCAAGACAGAGACAGAAUAUACAGUGACUCAAGCCAUAUCUGCACAGGAAGCGAAUAAGCGAGGUAGUAACUGGUUACCCCCUCCAUGGGCUAUUUUUGCAUUGAUCAUACUUGGAUUCAACGAGUUCAUGACUCUUCUAAGAAACCCACUAUAUCUUGGUGUCUUGUUUGUUGGUUUCUUACUUCUGAAAGCACUCUGGACGCAACUGGAUAUCCCUGGCGAGUUCCGCAAUGGUGCACUUCCAGGGAUCAUAUCAAUAUCAGCAAAGUUUGUUCCCACAAUCAUGAACCUUGUCAAGAACCUUGCUGCACAAGGAGAAGCUCCUCCUGCAGCUAAUCCAGAGAACCGUCGUCCUAGUAACAACACUUCUUCAAAUGCUUCCUCAACAGAUAAUCCAACAGAGCACAAAAGUGCCUCAAAGACAGAUUAAGAAGAAUCUUAUUACUCUCCAAAGGUUUGAUCUCUAAUACUUUGGUGUUUUUUAAACUUAUCAACUUGCUCAUGAGUGAAAAAACGCUGCGUAUUUU